GAAGAAUGAUUGAAGACAAAGAUAUUGGAUACUGAAACACUGCCUAAGGAGGCCAACUGUUAAAUGUUGUUGUUACAUAAACAUGAAUGUGUUGAUUUUUCCUACCUUGGCAUGCAAGACAUCUAAAUUCUGUGUCCAUAUUCGGCUCUUCUCUCAAGCAGCUGACAAAGCAUUACUAUACAAACUGCGCAAAUUGACAGGCUUCACUUUUUCGGCUUGCAAAGAAGCUCUCAUCAAACAUGAAAAUGAUCUUGAUAGGGCAAAAGAAUGGUUAGCUAGCGAAGCUGUUAAUCGAGGAUGGGAAAAAGCAGGAAAACUAGCCGGAAGAACGAUGAAUGAGGGUCUUCUAGGGGUCCUAGGUUCUCGAAGUCAUGCUAUUAUUGUCGAAGUCAAUUGUGAAACUGAUUUCGUCGCAAGAAACCAUUCAUUCCAGUCUUUAGUCGCCACAGUAGCUGAAACUGUUUUGACUAACUACAAUGAGCCUACUAAAUUAUCGUUGGAUUCCGACCAGUUGGAUAAGUUGGUAACCUCCAACUCCUCUACCUUGAAAGAUAUUACGGUUGCAGCCAUAGGAUCUAUUGGUGAAAGUAUUCGACUAAAAAGAGCUGUCGGACUUUGUGUCCCUGAUAACACUAGCACAAGUUGUCUGGCUAUUUAUUCACACACGAGCUCAGAGAGUUUAUUACAAGGGAUACGAGAUGUCCGCUUUGGAAAGUAUGCUGCUAUCAUUCGCUAUAGACCAUUGAAUGACAAACCUGCCAAUGAUCCAUGGUAUGAACGAGCUUCACGUUUGGGGAGACAAGUUUGUCAGCAUAUUGUUGGCAUGAAUCCAAAUCCUGGAUUAGAAUCUGUUGAAAAUCCAGCUGCCGAUCCGGAAGAAGAGAAAUCUCUACUGCUACAACCCUUUCUAUUAGAUGAAACUAUAUGUGUGGGCGAACAUUUAUCACGGAAUGAAAUGGUCCUUGAAGACUUUGUUCGUGUUGAAUGCGGAGAGGAUGAUCGAGUUGAUAAUUCAAAGAAUGUUUAGAAAACGGGAGUGUGAUUACUACAUAAUCAUCUUGAACAUGUAUAUUCAGGAUAAUUGUAAUUAUAAUCCACACUUAUCAAAUAAACUGUAACUUGUUUAUAUUACUUUCUGUACAGAAUUAGUUAGUAUUUUUAAUAGUGUGAACAAUCAUCUAUCAAAUGAAUUUCUUCAAGGCAUUUAGCGACGAUAGUCUGAGAUAUUUCCUCAGGUUCUUUUCAAAGCUAUUUUCUUUCCUAAAUUUUAUAUUAUUAUGUUUUCGAACAAGAUCAGACUGCUGUUCAAAUACGUUGAUGUUGUCAUAUUUUUAAUUAAUUUACUUUUGGGGUACAUAGUUAUUUAGAAAUUGCUCGUUUGAAUAUAUAUGGUAUUCAUCUUAUGUGGAAUGCAAAUCUUUGUAUUAUAUUCUUAUUAGGAUUUCAGUUAUCGUUUCCGAUGAGCUUUAGCGCUUACUGAAGAAUAUUCAAAUGUGAAUAUAAAAACUUAAAAUCUAUCGAAUUCAUAAGGUUUUUUUGUAAAAUUUAAAAUUCUUAAUAUUAAC